CAGUUCUCAUGGUCGACCCUUUAACUCCGUGCGAAAACAAAAGACAGGAUCAUUUUAUGUCCAACGCUUGUGAUAUUAAAAGUUGAAACAUCAUAAAAGGGAUUUAUGACAUCUCAUUUGAUUUCAAGGGAACUGAGAAGGGUAUGCUUGAAAAGAAAACGGUCAAGGCAUGGAAAGUUGUUAAUUUUAUCCCUUUCAUUGGUUAAUUUGAAUGACUUGGAAAGUUGAAGACCCCAAGUGCAACCCAGCUCAACCGAGGGACAGAAGGCUUUUUAAGGUUUCUCAAAGGCGCAAAUCAAGGAACCCAACAAACUGUAUGUGAAAGGCUAACACAUAAAGCCUCAUCUUCUCCCUCUUUUUCUUUUUAAUAUCAACCAACCCUUGCAUUUUCAUUAUUACUUCUAUACUUUUCCCAACAUCUCAAAACAACACAACCUUAAACCUUGAACACUAGUCCAAACAAAUUUCCCCCUUAACACAUAAAACCAACACACUCCUCCUAUACUGAUAGGAAACAAAGCUAACCAACCAACCAAACAUUAACUACAUGGUUUGAGAAAAACACACUUCCAAGAAGGAAGAAACAACACAACAUGAUCCCAGCUUGUUUCAGCCAACCCAACACACCUCCCAGUUCAAGCACCGCUCAAGCGCCCCAAAACCUGGUAACCUGCAUAUACCAAACUCAACUUUGCAACUCCCUCACCUACCUCACACUCACCUGGUUCAGAACACUUCUCUCUCACUCUUUAACCAUUUACGCUCCUCACACCUUCUCUAUCACCAUCACUCUUAACCCUUCAACCUUCUCCUUCUUCCGAACACGACCAGGAGCCAAAUCCAUAUACCUCACACGCCCUCACAAACGUUCUCAGAAAAUUAAACUUUACUGGGACUUCUCUGGAGCACUGUUCAGUACUCGAAACUCGGCUGAGCCCGACUCAUGCUUCUACCUUGCAAUCUGCUGCAAUGGCAAGGUUGAAUUCUUUCUGGGUGAUCUUUUUCGUAUUCUUCCCUUGCAGCUUUCAACUCACCAAACGGGCGACCAAACUCUUGUGUCAAGAAGGGAGCACGUGUUUGGAAGCACCAGUUACGUGUCGAGGGGUGAGUUUAUGGGUUCCAAACGUGAAAUAGAGAUUGAAUUAUGCAGUGGAGAAGUGCUGAGGGUGAAAAUGGAUGGUCAGGUUUGCUUGGUGGUGAAAAGGCUGGCGUGGAAAUUCAGAGGCAACGAGAAAAUCUUCAUCGAUGGUGUUGAAGUAGAGUUCUACUGGGACGUGUUGAGUUGGGUGGUUGAUAGUGAAAACGGCAAUGGCUAUGGUGUUUUUGUGUUUCAAGUAGGUGAUGGUGGGGCAGUGUGGCCUGAAAUGGUGGGGCCAGAGAAGAAGUUGAUGAAGAAGAGGUUGGUGGGACUCACUAUGGCGUCGUCAAUAGCGACUCUAUCGCCGUCAAACUCUGGUGUGUUGCAGUGGACGGAGGAGAGCAGCGAUGGAGGAAGGAGCUCGUCCUCUUCAUCAACUAGGUCGUGUGGAAGCAGUAACGGUGGUUUCUCUUUGUUACUCUACGCUUGGAGGAGAGACUGAACUCUGAAAUUUUGUAACAGGAUUGCUUCAUUGUUCUUUGGCAUAUUCAUGACUUCACUUAUGAAAAUCGAUUUUUAACUUGUUUCAAUUAAUGAAACUACUGUUUUCAUGAGAUUUCAACUUUGAAUAUUUUCCUGAAUUGUAGCACAGUCCUGUAUCUCAGCUUUCUGUAUAUCUUGUACAGUUUUUUUAUCUCUUGGGAAUUAUUUAUCUUAAGUUGUCUUCAAGUAGUAUGAACAAAAUAGCUCAAUGGUUAUCCGU